UGAUCAUUACUGAUCAGCGUUGUUGUUUACAUCUGUUUGUCUUUGAGUUACUUAACGUGUUCAGCCGGUUAGCUAAAGGUUACCGGUGCAGCGGCUCGGUGUUCCCGUACCGAGCAGGAGUUAACGUUACCCGCCGUUGCUGCCGUUGUAUGAAGAACAGUCACUGGAGUGGGCUGUGUCGAACUGUGGUUACCUUUAAUGGGAUAGCCCUGACAGAAGGCUGAUACCUCUCGCAUGAAGUCAUGUUUAACUUUUGUAUCUAGUUUGCUCGGUGUUGACAUGUCAAAAUACGGGUACGAAUGAGGCGAAGGAAGCCCUUUUCCUCCCAGUAGCAGCUCUGUGCCGGUCUCUGAGGUGCUCCUUCUGGCUCAGUUCUCCAACGUCACCUGAUCACAAGCAAAUUGAAACCAAAGGAAUGGAACGAAAUAUCAUUUUGUCAGGGCAACAUAUGUCUUGCUGAACGGAAACCAAAAUGAUAAGUAUAUUUUUAGAACAUUUACAUGUGAAAAGGGGAACCGAAAAUCCGUGUGACGUUAUUCAGAUGUGUCAGUGUGCCGGGCUUAUUCUGUCAUCGCUGUAGCUGAUGAAGGCGCGUGACUUCUGUUUUGAGUGUUUUAUCUGGAGCCAUAAUGUCGGACGCUCAGAGGUCUCUGCCCCCCCUGUUGAAGCUCAGCUAUGCGGUGGGACACGUUCUGAACGACCUGUGCGCCUCCAUGUGGUUCACAUACCUGCUGGUGUUCUACCACUCAGUGCUGGGCUUCCAGAACACAUAUGCAGGUGUGCUGCUGCUGGUUGGACAGAUAGCUGAUGGCAUCUGCACGCCUCUCAUUGGUUACGAGUCUGACCGAACCCCCGGCUGUGGAAACUACGGCAAAAGGAAGACAUGGCAUUUAGUUGGUACUCUGAGUGUGUUGGUGUCCUUUGCCUUCAUCUUCAACCAGUGUCUGGGCUGUGGCCCCCAGACCCCCCAGUGGGCCAGUCUGACCUACUUCCUCCCCUUCAUCAUCGUCUUUCAGUUCGGCUGGGCCGCCACCCAGAUCUCACACCUGUCACUCAUCCCAGAGCUGGUCAGCUGUGAGCACGCUAAAGUGGAGCUCACUGCAUACAGGUAUGCGUUCACAGUGAUAGCCAACAUCACAGUGUAUGCAGUGGCGUACCUGCUGUUCCACAUGCAGGCGGGGGAGGAUGAAGACGCUCUGGGACCCGUAGAUAUCCCCGUCUUCAGGAACCUGGCGCUGAUAGUGCUGGGCAUCGGGGCGCUCUUCUCCCUCUUCUUCCACCUGGGAAUCAAAGAGAAGAGCUCUGGAGCAGCAGGCGAGGCGGGAGGAGAGGAGGGGAGGAAGAGGGUAGAGGAGGAAGAGGAGGAAGAGGAAGAGCGCAGACCCCUGCUCCCUGUGACCUCCUCGUCCCUGCUGCAGUGGAAGUGUUGGCUGCAGCAGCCUUCUUUUUACCAGGUGGCCUUACUCUACAUGUCUACCAGGUUAAUAGUCAAUCUGUCUCAGACAUACAUCUCCAUGUAUCUCAUCAACACUCUGGGGCUGCCCAAGAAGUUCAUCGCCACCAUCCCGUUAGUGAUGUUCCUGAGUGGCUUCCUGUCCUCAUUCAUCAUGAAGCCUGUCAGUAAACUCAUUGGGAAAUCUCUCACCUACUUCCUGGGCCUGCUGUUGAUCAUGGCCUUCUCCUACUGGGUGCUGCUGGAGGGCCAGAUGGGUCAGCAGGUGUACGGGGCCGCGGUGCUGCUGGGGGCGGGGUCCGCCACCAUCCUGGUCAUAUCACUGUCCAUGACCGCGGAGCUCAUUGGAGGACAGACGGUACUGUGUGUGUGUGUCUAUCUCUCUCUCUCUCUAUCUCUCGCUCUCUCUCUCUCUCUCUCUCUCUUCCUCUCUCUCUCUCUCUUUCUCUUUCUCUCUCUCUCUUCCCUCUCUCUCCCCCCCUCUUCCUCUCUCUCUGUCAGUACGGUGGUGUGCUGCCCGGCCUGUGUGUGGUUCUAUCAUAACGUCAUGGUGAUAGUGACGGGGGGCGUGGCCGUCGUCGCCGCUCUGGCGCUCUGCUCCAUCCUCAUCUGGCCAAUCAGGAUCCGACCCCGUGGUCUGCCAGAGGAUGCAGCCAUUGUAAACUAGCAGCCCCCCCCCCCCACACCUCUUUUACGGACAACGUUCACCCUGCGAGACAACAGGAAAACUGCAGUCAGCAGGAGGAGCUUCACUUGAAAGAUUCUUCUGUAGUUUGCAGGAACAGCAGGAACAUUCAGCCCUUUCUGAUGAAGUCAGAGCAGAGCAGGGAAACCAAAGGAACCGAGAAGGGAGACUUUUUAUUUUAUGCUUAACUGACAGUUAUAGCUACUAAAAACCUACAUCCUGUUUUCCAUAAUUUCCCCAAAAAGAUGUGUCGUUGCAGUCUGGGUGUUAUGAAAAUCAGCUGAAUACUCAUUUGCAUCAUAAAAGGUCAUCAGAGCUAAAGAAGAGGACGCUAAAGGGAACCAGAUCCAGACUGUGGUGCGUUCACAGACACUGCACAAUAAGCAGUUUUAACACAGUUCUUUGCAAUGUUGGCGACUUUCUUUUGAUGUGACCACAUUCUAAACUUCAUUCCAAGACUCUAAGUGCUAAGGCUUCAGUAAAGGUUCAUUACACUAGAGAAGGACACAUUGAUAGAGCACUACAUUGAAACAGACUGUCAGCCGGUACAGACGACACUGAAACAGGAAGCUACCUGAGCAUCAGAGAAGUCUCACUCAGAAUCACUUUACAUACAGGACACUGUCAAUAUGUUUACACUUUUAGUUGGAAUCAUCAUGGAACAACUCAUUACGAUAAGAUCAUAUUUCUAUUGUAAUAAUUUCUUUGUACAUUGUUUUACCCCUUUAUAAUCACAAACCUUAAGGAAAAUAUAUAAGGGAUAUUUUUAUAAUCACAGAUGAACUUGAAAAGCAGAAUUGUAUUACAUUUGAAUUAAUUUUAAAGGGAUCAACUGAUUUUUAAUAGGUGAAUGCCACUAUAAGGGAUUUACACUGGUGAUGUUCAGAACAGGGACUUCUGUGCUGCUGUUGUUUUAUAAAGAGACACGUAUUAAACAUUGGUAUGAGGUGCAACUGGAAAUGUA